CAGCAGCAGAGGCCUCUCCAGCCCGAAUCGGUCGGCUGCUGCGCCGCAACCGGCAGCAGCAGCAGCAGCAAGGCGCGGAUCCCCCCGCAGCAGCAGCAGCAGGCGCGCAGCCCCCUGGGCCCCCUGCAGACCCAGACCCAGCAGCAGCAGCAGCAGCAGCAGCAGCAGCAGCAGCAGGCUCGUGGGGCAGCGACAGCAGCAACAUAUCUUCUAUUGUUUCUGCUGCUGCUCCCCCUAGCCUUCCUUCUCUUCCUGCAAUUGGCCUUAUCCGUCGCCCCGCCUUUCCGGGGUUUUAUCAGCUGCUGCAGAUACCGGACCAAGAGUUGUUUGAAGAACUGGUGCGGCUAAAGACCAGCGGCGGCUGGAGAGACUUCGUCGGGGGUUUUUUGCUGCGGAAAGAAAUAAACCCUGAAGACGAAUUGGAGCCAGGGGCGCGGCUGCGGGAAGACGCAGGGAGCAUUUCUUCUGUAGAUGAAAUCCAUAAUGUGGGCUGUUUGCUGCACCUCCUCACUUUGGCCCCACACCCAAUGCAGCGGGGGGGCCAGGCCAUAGUAAUGCCUUAUCGCCGCAUCAAGCUACUGGGCCUUUCUCAGUCACCAGAAGAAGCUGCAGCAGCAGCAGCAGCAGCCGCUGCAGCAGCAGCAGCAGCAGCAGAGCCCACUGCAGCAGCGGCCCCAGCAGCAGCAACGGCUGCUGCUGUCGAGUCAGAGGAAGCAGCAGCAGGCGAGCAGCACACUGAUGCUGCAGCAGCUGCUUCUGAGCAGCAGCAGCAGCAGCAGCAACAGCAGCAGGGAGCUGAGAAGCAGGUAGAGUUGGAUUCACAGGAGCAGCAGCAGCGACAGCAGCAGCAACAGGAGCAGCAACAGCAGCAAAACGAGCAGCAGCAGCAGCAGCAGGGGGUCGAUGAUCUUGCGGGUUCGCAGCUUGGGAGUUUGCUGCCUCUACCCCAUCCCAGCAGCAGCAGCAGCAGCAGCAGCAGCAGCAGCAGCAGCAAAAGUGCUUUGCUUUAUGUCUCUGUGUCAUUUCCCCGCGAGUCUGCCUCUGCGUCUCUAAGCAGCAGCGAGGGUCCUAGCAGCAGCAGCAGCAGCAGCAACAACAACAGCAACAACAUAAUUAGAAUGCUGCAUUUGGAGAUAUUAGCCACCAUGAAGGAGCUGCUUAAAACAUCCUACUUUUACAAAGAACACUUCGAUCAAGUUAUAAGGUUUUACAACAUCGACUACCCCCAGAAGCUGGCGGAUUUGGUGGCUGGGAUUUCUUUCGCCCGACGGGACGAGCUGCAGGCUGUUCUUGCCGAGGAGGAUAUUGAAAAGCGGCUGAUGCUCGUUCUACAGAUUGCAAAGAAGGACUUGGAAUUUGCCAAGCUACAAGUCCACGUGAAGGCGCAAGUUGAAGACAAAGUGAUGAGAGUGCAGCGGAAGUUUUUGCUGCAUGAGCAGCUGAAGUUAAUUAAAAAAGAAUUAGGGUUUAAUAAAGAAGACAAAGAAUCAAUCGUCGACCAAUUCCGCGAGCUAUUCGCUAAGAAGGAAGCCUUCAUGAACGAAGAGGUUCAGAAGGCAAGAAGCAGACCCUAA